AGUGGAACAAGUUUUCAUGUGUAUGACCAGCAGAGCUUCUCAAGGGAAAUUCUUCCUUUGUAUUUCAAGCACAGCAAUAUUGCCAGCUUCAUACGACAGUUGAACAUGUAUGGUUUCCGCAAAGUAGCCCACAUUGAUCAGGGUGGUUUGAAGAUAGAAAAGGAUGACCUCCAGUUCCAACACCAGUACUUCCAGCGGGGAGAACGGGACUUGCUUCAGUACAUCAAACGAAAAGUUUCCAAUCAGACUGUGAGACCAGAUUCCUUGACUGCUGCGAAACCAGAUGAGUUUUCCAGAGUCCUCACCGAUGUCAAUCAAGUCAAGUCAAAACAAGAGUCCAUGGAUCAGAAUCUCGAGUACAUCAAGCGGGAAAACAAGCUCUUGUGGCGGGAGGUUGCCGUGCUGAGGCAAAAGCAUCAUAAACAGCAGCAAAUUGUCAACAAGUUGAUCCAGUUCCUUGUGUCCCUUGUAAGCUCCAACAGAACGGGACUGACGAUCCCACCCAUGAGAAGAGUCCCCCUAGCAAUUAAUGAUGUCAGUCAGUUGGCAGCAUCCCCUCCACCGCCUGCUGCACUUGGCGCUGCCGACAAUAGGGUGGCUGCAUUUCAAGAAGCGUCUGCUGAUCUUUCAGUGGGGUCUGCAGAAUCUCAGGGUGGUGUUUUACCUCCUGGAGCACAAGCGUUGGACACUGUGACCUUGAAAGAUGAUCCGUACACAAUUGAAUCUCCAAAGAUGGAUCAUAUCCUGCUGUCACCUGCUUCGAGCAAUGCAGGGCCAAUCAUUCACGAGCUGACAGACUCACCCAAGGCUAUAUUAGUACCUGCCUCACUGGUUUCACCUGUUGCAACUACCUCUCAGCAAGAUAAUAUUCAGACAGUCAUCUCUUCAAAUCAGUUGAAUCCUUCCUCAUCACUAGCGGGCACCACCAGCAAUAUUGUCUUGGGCAGUGACAACCAGAUCUACGUGGUGCCAGCAUCUGACUCUAAGACAGUGACUGUAACUUCGGCGGGCGACAACAGCAGCAGCAGUAGUGGUAGCAUGAACAACUUCCUGUUGUCCCCGGCGAUCGAGGCCGCCCCCUCCCUUGAGGAUGCUCUCAAGUUUGGUCUGAACGUGCCUUCUGCAUCUGCCACAGCCACCGCGUCAUCACAGGCUUCACCAACGUCAGCAGUGGGAGCCCAGAAACGCAAGAGAAAAAUGUCCCAGACUCCCCCCGAGCCCUCAAUGUCCCCCACCAAAAGAGUGUCACAACCAGGCGCUGUAGUGGCCGCCUCCCCCCAGCCUCAGAGUUCUGCUGCUCUGGCGCUAGACCAGCUGGCCACGCUGGGCAAAGACGAGCCGGCAAAAGGGGACGCCAGUCUGGCUGUGACGGCUUCAAAGGAUGGAGAUGAGUUCACUGUCAGCUCUGAUCAACUGGACCUGCUGUCCUCAGAUUUGGAUGGUGUGAAGAAUAUUUUACAAGAUCACUACAAAUUGGACCCAUCCUUUCUUAUGGAGUUAUUUGACUCGACAAAUCCCUGGCCUGUCAUAGCGGAGAAGGACUUGGAUGCUUUGAAGAUGGAUUCCGACAAAGAUGAAGCGAGCACGUCUGGAGCAGGUCUUGGCAACAUCACAGGCACUGAACUUGUUGAGUACAACCCAAGAGAUGAACUCUUCCCCGAACUGAUGGAUGAUAACAUCAUGGCAGACAUUGACGAUAUAGACUGAGAGAGUCUUCUCCUCGAUUAUGCUCCUCGACGAUGUAGACUGAGAAAGUUCUCCACAGUUAUGUUCCUUGACGAUAUAGACAGAGAGAAUUCUUUGCCUUUAAAAUCCUUGACAAUACAAGCCAAGAGAGUUCUCUGGGGAUAUAUUUCUUGAUGAUGUUGACUGAGAGAGUCUUCGUUUUGACACUUGCAAGAUUAUGAGCAGAUGAUAAAUGAUCCAGGGUAGUUUUAGGAUGAUAUGGUGCACCCAAGUAUUGUUAUUAGUCAACAUUCUAUGGUUGAGGACUGUCAAUGAAACUGAACUUUGGAACGACCUAUUUGAGUUGGUGACUGGACUUUGUGUGAGUGCAGCAUGUGUGGCGGUCAUCUGUUAUCAUUCUUAGCAAAGCUGAUUCAUGCUUAGCAAAAUGGCUUUUAUGUGUGUGUUCAGGUGGAUUUUGGCAUGAAGCAGCAGUGAAAUACUCGCCUUUGCCAGGUGGGGGCUCGGCAAUAACUUAAAAUAACUAAAAUAUCUCAUGAUUAUUGCAGAAACUUAAUUUAUUUGAUAGGCCUUAACUCUUUUUAUCAGGGCUACGAGUGUACUCGUAAAGAGGACCAGUUCGGGCUACGAGUAAACUCGGAACAGCUAUCUGGUCACGUGAAACAGCUAGUUCUGCUUUUAAUUACCAAAAUACGCAAAUACGGCGAAUAUUUUACUUUUCUAAUGAACAGUGGUUUCUUUGCUUUUGAUGGGUGUAGAAGCUUGAAAAAUGUCUCGAUAACUCACAUUCGUGACUGACAAAGCUACCUCUUGAAGUGACGCUGGGUUGUGAGGAGGGAAUGAGACUAAUUUGAUGAAAAUGACUCCGAAUCAAGUGCCGAAAAUUCUGUUGUGGAUGAUAAAAAACAGGAAUUAGACAUCUAAUAGUGAUUCAGAUCAUGGUGAAGGGCUCAGUACUGGAAUUCGUGCAGUACCGAUGGGUUGGGCUAGAUCUAUAAAUCCAAGGGGACGUCAUGGGCACGGCAAUCAGGGUCAAGUUGGAGGAUGGAAUAAAUCUCAAAAUCUACAUGGUGUAAUUGGUGUAAUUCCUAACCACAUACAUUUACAAAAACUGCUUUCAAUUUCUAAUGUAACUACCAAAUCUCCUUAAAAAUCUAAGAGUAAAUGUAAGAAAUACAGCACUUUGAAAUAUGCACCCUGAAUUCGAACUCGCACAGCGCUGCAGCCCCAGGACGGGUACAGAGUCCGUGAGGGUACGGCCGGGAUAGAAAGAGUUAAAUCUAUGCAUAUGACAUGUAAUUUUU